AUGGAGCGCGAUUUCCAGAAUGAUUUGAAUGGUAUUCUCGAACAUUUAUCUGUAAACUCUCCUGUUCCUGAAGCUGAAAAAUCCACAUUUGUAAAUCUUUGCAAGCUAUCAUUUGAUGAGACUCUUAGAUACUAUGCUAAUAUUCCUGAAGCUAAAAAAGCGCUUCAUACUGUCUUGUUUCGAUUUUUAACACAACAGAAAGAGAAAAACAAUUUUUCUGUAUCUCGAUACAAGAGAACCUUUGAACCUAGUGAAUAUUUUGAAUUAGAGGAUUAUUUUGGAUUAUUUAAACAUACUAUACAUUCGCUCUACAGAUUAUCACCCGAGCGUGGUUCUGAAGUAUGUCAAGAACUUUUAAGUGAUCUCAUACCAUCACAACACCAGCUGUUACCAGCAUAUCUACGCAUAUGUUUUUCUAUCAGUAAUGAAAAGUUCCAAACACAAGCUUUGGAUUUCUUUAUAGGAAAAUGUAGAAACAUACCUGAUGACAGUAUCUUAUCAGAUGUUCUUUCGAUACUACAUCGCCAACUACGAAUGCUCAUCACUAAAACUACUGUAACCUGUGAUAAUACCGAGAAUAUAUGCGACUCUGAGCGAGCUAAAACAUUAGCCGUUGUUACUUCAGCUGUUGUACAGACUGACACUUUAAAGCCGUCCUGUCAGAAACCCUACUCUGUUGAGAAACUUGCCAGGGAAACUUUAUCUGAAAUUGAGAAGCAUAUGAAAAAGAUGAUGGCAAGUAGUUACAAGAUCGACAAUGUCUGUUUAAAGCGAAAAUCAAUAUUCUCGGGCAACAACAUCAUUAAAAAGAGGGUACACUCUACAGAGACCCUAGAUGAAACAAGUAUUCUCGAUAGCUGGAAUAAUAUUUCACACAACACGACCUUAACCAAGAGUGCUAAACACAAGUAUGCCUUUAUAAGCAUAUGUCGUCAUAUUAAAGACCAUCGGGAACCCAGGCCGCCCUUAUUGUACAGGGAAAAUAUUACAUCUACAGUAUCUAACGACGAUAGAGAUGAUGGUGUUAGACCCAUAAAAGAAGUGUGUGAGAUGCUGAUACGGGACCUAAGUCUCAAUACAACGCAUGAUUCGCUUGAUAGAACCUUACUAUACACUAAAAUCUGGUGCCUUGGAGUUCUACGAGAUGAAAGCGGAGGGUGGAGAUCGGUACUAAAGGUGAUGAUCCAGUUUUGUGAUUUGUGGAUAAAUGAAAUGACAAAUAAUUCAGCAUUGGAUACAUUUGCUGUACUUAUUUCGGAUGAACUUGUCAAAGAUCUGUAUAAGCAAGUCAAAAGGCUCGUGAAUAUAUUUGAACACUAUGGUGAAGGGCCAAUUCAACUUGAAUCCCUCAAGAAAAUGUGCCUGCUGCUUCAAAAGUCAUUUCGUAGUAUCCCUUGUAUCCAGGAUUUGCUUGUUUUUAGGGAUUAUGUAUUACGGACCGAAAAAUCAAAAGGAUUUAUAGAAGACCCUACUUAUUCACGGCUGGAUAUCUGGACGUCAAACUUUGAAGCCGAGUUGAUGAAAGCCACAAACCAAAUUGUAAUAGUUCAAGAGAAUGAGGUUGAUAAUGACUUGGUCGGAACCACCAGCUUGGAUAAAAACGUACCUAAAGAACUUGUACAUAACCUGGCUUCGCUUUCUAUCAUAUGGCCUUAUAGCGUAUUACAAGAACUUGUCUUGCUCUGCUUUCAAAACAGAAAUAUGUACCUUGCCAUAGUACCCCUUUUACGAAGUCUAGGCUCCUUGUGUUCUUUCCGCAAAAAUUCAGGUGUAGAGACCAUGCUAGGAAGUGUUUUGAAAGAUAUAUUACACUCAAACUCUUCAGCAUGGACGAAAUAUGACGCGAAAAACAUAACUACAUUUAUUACAUCCUGCUGUCAAGAUCCGUUUAAUCCAGAAACUCCACCUCUUCUGUUAGCAUGUAGACCUACAGAAGUUCUUCCGGGAAUUCUACUCAAUGCAAGAGAGUAUUUAGAAAGCCAUAUAUUAGACAGUUUGGACUGCUUUAGCAAUGACCGCGUACACAAGGACAAAAAUGUGGAAGUUUCCUCUUUUCGACUUUCUUUGCAGAUCCUAAAUGAGCUCAGUACUUCCAAAGCUGUCCAAAGAAUAGAUUGGAUCGAAGCAACAAAAGCCAUUUUUCAAUCCAAGACAAUCAAUAUAGAAAAUAUUGCUAUCCUUCAAGCCAAACCUUUCGAAUUUUUACGCUCCUUUUGUCUUGUUAUGGAUAUGCGGAAUACCUUUCAGAUGCUUCCAGAAUGGAUUCGUGUUCAAGAAGUUGAAGCUGCGUUGAAAUAUUUUAAAAGACUUGCGUCGAUUAUAACACAGACAAUUGGAUGGCUAUCCCAAAAGCAUCAAUCAACACACAUCAAUUUCCAUGGUACAGCCGAUGCAUUUAUCGAAAGCCUUAAAAACGAUACACGAGAAUUUUUAAAAACUAUUUGCACAUAUGACUGGAAAACUCAACUGCAAUUGUACGAUUUGCACCUUGCGGCAGUAAAUCUUUUUGAAAAAAAGCAAGAUUUUUCAAUCAAUGUACCUGGAUCCAUAUAUUCUAUCACUGGUUCCUUAAAUGGGAGACUUUUUCUAGAUAAAUCGGCCGACGUAGACACAUCUUUAGAUGAUAAGCUGCAAGGGUGGAAUUCGGUCAUUGGAGCAGCUAAAUUAUCAGAUGUAUUUUCUGAUCUUUUGUUCGAGGGACAGAACAAGGACUACUGGAUAAACAAUAUGGCUCUUCCUCAAAAUUAUCCAUUUGAAUUCGGAGCAUUUAUUGAGGGGCUCUACCAAAAUCUGUACCCAACCUUAUCAUUAAGUGUACAUGACGAAUAUGAACGCCUUUUGGUUCAUUUUAUAGGAAGAUUAUUUGAGUCUUUUGACCUCCAAAUACUCCGUGACAAUUUAAGCAAAGAACCUGAGCAAAUUUUAUAUAUUAAGCAAUUAACUACUCAAGAACUCAAGGACUUCUAUAGAGUCAUGCUCGGUGCAAGACUGAUAAACUAUAAAAGCUUUCUGUCAGCCGAAUUGUUGCAUAAACGCGAAGAUGAACUUUACUAUGUCUCUGGUAUCAUACGCUCCAUUCAGACCAUUAAAGAUUGGACAGAUCUUCGAUCAUCGAGAUUAAAGAUUUACGCAAAGCGCACACUGUCUGAUAAAUUGAUACAUGAAAUUCUUGGAGAUAAAGCUCUACUCGAAGAAAACCUGGAAAAUAGACAUGACGUUCACAGGAUAACUGCACCAGAAACUUGCUCUGAAAUUACAUUAGAACAGACGUCUAUAGAGUCAAGUGAACAGGAUGGAUAUGUUUGUGAUAUAUACUAUCCUUUCUGGGAUAAAAAGCAGCACUCUGCUCGAGCAUUAUCGAUACUUACGCUUAUGAUGUUGUGUAAAUCAAGCGCUCUGUGCAAUACUGUUGAGGCCCAGGAGGUUAUUCGAGUCCUUAUUCUCCAGAUCGUUGACGGGCUUCGAGAAACAGAGACUAAGCAAGAAUUCAAUCGGCUUGUAAGCGGACAGGCUCGGAGCAGAGUAGAAAAAUGGCGUAAACACAAGAAGUUCAAGAAACGCAUUGUCCUUCGCCCUAUCUUGAAUCCCGGCGAAGAAGAGCUUAUCUCUUCAUGUGUGUCUUGUUUGACAAAUUCAAAUCAGGCCAAUGGCAUUUUGAAAGCAUUGGAGAUCACGGACAAGCCGCAAACCUCAAAAUCUAGAAAGGAACAAGCCUUUUAUUUGCGGCUAUAGCUUUUUUUAAUAUAUAUAAUGAAGGAUUAAGCGUUAUUUUCUCUUCAAAAACCAUAACCAAAUGGAGGAGUAAGAUUUCGGGUGUCUUGCUAAGGCUACUGGUCAUAUAAACUGAACCAAUGAUUUGUUCGUGAAAUAAACUUAGUCAUAUGGAUCC